AUGCCUGCGAUUUCGAUCUUCUUCUCUCUCCUCCUCAUCUCCGUCGGCUUCACCACCGUCUAUGGCGGCGGCAUUGGCUUCUCCACCACUCUUAUCCACCGCGAUUCUCCGCUUUCACCUAUCCGCAACCAAUCUCUCUCUCACUACGACCGCCUAAAUAAUGCCAUCCACCGUUCUAUCUCCCGUGCCGACGCCCUCUUCCAACGCGCCGCCGCUCUUACCGGCAACAGCAUCGAAUCUCCGAUCUCCCCCGGUGGUGGUGAGUAUGUAAUGUCUGUGUCCCUUGGAACCCCCCCGGUGCCUUACGUGGCCAUAGCUGAUACGGGCAGCGAUCCAGCGUGGACUCAAUGCAUGCCAUGUAAGAAAUGUUACCCCCAAUCAGAACCAGUUUUUGACCCCAAAAAAUCCUCAUCCUUCAGUCCCGUGCCUUGCACGUCCGAUACGUGUAAGUCUGUCGGCGGCACCACAUGUGGGGACCAGCAGUCUUGCGAUUACAGUUUCGUGUACGGAGAUCAAACCUACUCGAAGGGUGAGUUGGCAACUGAUACGAUCACCAUUGGGUCAACGUCUGUCAACAUGGUGAUUGGAUGUAGCCACGAGAGCGGCGGCGGGUUCGGCACUACCUCCGGUGUCAUCGGACUCGCCGGCGGCGAUAUGUCUAUAGUCACUCAAAUGAGCAAAAAAAGCUCCGUGAGCCGGAAAUUCUCCUAUUGCUUACCGCCCGUAUCGAGUCAAGGAAGUGGCAAAAUCAACUUUGGCGAAAACGCCGUCGUUUCCGGCUCUGAUGUCGUUUCAACUCCACUGGGCCCCAGCACGAUGUAUCAGAUAACUCUGGAAGCAAUUUCCGUUGGUAACGAACGUCACGCGGUCGGAAAGGCUGUCGCAGAAAACAACAUGAUUAUAGACUCCGGGACCACAUUGAGUUACAUUCCCAAGGAUAUGCACGACGGCGUCGUUUCGUCGAUGGCGAAGAUCAUUGGAUCGAAGCGGGUGAACGAUCCGGGUAACUUUUUUGCUCUGUGCUAUUCUCCAGAUGGCGACGACCUGAAUAUUCCGUCCGUUACCGCCCAUUUCGCCGGCGGCGCUAACGUGGAGUUGCCGAAGGAGAAUAUGUUUAUCACAGUGGCGGAUGGUGUGAGUUGCUUGAUGUUCACGGCGAUGACGGAGAGCGACCCGUUUGGGAUUUGGGGGAAUAUAGCGCAGGGGAAUUUCUUGAUCGGAUAUGAUUUGGAGCAGAAGAGCUUGUCGUUCAAACCAACCGCCUGUGCUUAGAACAUGAAACCCUCCAACUACGUUGUUUUUCUUUUUAUGAACCACAUUUUUGUUUUUUUCGU